UAUGAUGCCUCGUUUCCUUUCAACCAAUCGUUGCGCUCGUCUCGGUCACGUUACCUGCAGGCAGCAAAUUUGAAUUCUCGCUGAAGUGUUUUCGUUUUACAGGUUGAAUAGGGCAGAACGGACAGAUUAAAAUAAAAGGCACUAUAAAGAAGAGCAAACAGCGGAAUGGCCUUUCAAGCCAACAGCGAUGUUCUUUUCCUGCAAGACGAGAAGUUUGAUUUCGACGUUUCGCUUUCCCCUGCCAGCUCCAAAGAGGAUGAAGACGAGGUUUUUGAGGGUCAAGUGGACUGUGAAGAUCCUCCAGUUUCAGUGAGCAAAGCGUCUGAGCUGCUGGAAGGCCACGAGUCUGUAAACUGUAGGCCACUCACAGGUGAAUCGCUGAAGGCUGUGUGUCAGGACGCCCACUCUCUGCUGCAGAAUGGAAACGCCAACAUCACUGGAGAAGAGUUUCUGCAAAACUCUGAGGCGAAAAUGAAAAUGCUGUGUAAUCCGAGCGGCGCUCUCAGCCCCAUCAAGCGGGAGACCUUCUGCCUGCAGGAUACGCCCAAAAAGCAGCUGCCGCCCGCCAUCCAGCUCCAGCUGCCCAGAGGAAGCAGACGCAGCUCAGCUGCCCGCCCCCCUCUCGCACGCAGCACUUCCAGCCCUCUGGGCGGAGCCAAGCUUCAGCCGAGGUCCAGCCUGCGAGCAAAGGCCCCAGUGGGGGUCGCUGUGGUUUUGCCGAACAAACCAGCCGCUCCACCAGCGUCCAGGUUAUCCAGCAGCAGAGCGGACAGAACACGACUGCAGCCGCCGGUCAAAGCCGUUUCAAAGCGCAGCCCGUCCUCACGGCUCGCCAACAGAGCAGAGUCGUCUGAAUCUUUACUCUCUGAUUCAGCAAGUGUGGCGUCUGACAUCAGUGACUCCUCCAUCAACUCCACCCUGUCAGUGAGGCGCUCUCUGGUACCGCCCACAAAGAGCGCCAUGAGGAAGAGCCUCUCUGUAGGGAAAGCUCCAGCUAUUCCGGGCCGAAGGGUGACGGACAGGAAAAACACGUCCUCAUCUUCAUCGUCUGUGUCCAGCUUCAACUCCAGCCUGUCUCUGUCCCCCGCUACAGGUAAAGUGAACUCCUCUGUGAACCGGAGGCUCAGUAGCUCCACUCGAAAUGCCCCCAGUCGAAUAAACAGACCAACCAACGACAGCAGACCUCGCCGUUCCGCCGUCUACACUGCUGCAGAGCAGCACUCCACGAAAGCUCUGCACCACCAAGCCAGGAAGAUCUCAGAAACCGAAUGCGCCAAGAAGUCCACGCCGCUGAAGAGAGCCGAGAGUGUGGGCUUCCAACCAACACCAUCCAAGAGACCUUUAGAGAAGACGGCCUCUAUGCCCUCGUCAGCAUCCAGCCUGCUGCCGGGACGGCUGAAGUCCAAGCCUGAAGCUCUGGUGUUUCCCACUCCAGGAGUCCGGCACACAGACGCAUCCUCCGAUGUUUCAAAGGGGCUCAAGCCGAAAAGGCUGGUGUCACUGGGCAGCAUGAACAGUGUUCCUGUAAAGCCGUCCUCUGGUCAUCUGACGCCAUCUGAAAGCCUCCCCAAGUCGGUGCAGGUAAAGGCCCGCCGCCCAUCGGCCCUUCCUACCCCGCUGAGGAGCCGGUCUUUUGCCCUCUCCUCCAACAACCAAACCCCAAGAGUCAAGCCGGUGGGGGGCACAGACUCCUGCACGACUCCCGCCCCCAGUUCAGCCAGGAAACAUAUCAGCACCAGCUGUGCCCCUAAAGAAGCACCUUUGGAGGAGCCCGUUGACCCCCUGGACAUCCCACCUUUCUGUCUGGAGGAAGAGGAGGCCGAUGUAACCACAGCAAGCUCUGAGCCCCGCCCCCCAGAGAACGAGGAGGACGUGGAGCCGACGGACAGCCGCCCCACGCCCCCCAACGACCUGAUCGAGCUGGAGACUGCAGAGGAGAACGCUAGCAAGACCCAGGAGGUCCUCCUCCUCGACCUCCCUGCUCCAGCUCAGAACCCUCCAGAGAAGCUGCUUAUCGACCUCACCAACACCCCUGACCUGAUCUGCAGAAGCACCAAGAGCGGCACGGAAACUCAGCUGAUUGACCUGAGUUCUCCGCUCAUCAAGUGGAGUCCAGAAAGCACGCACGAGAACGCUGCUCCUCUCAUCAAUCUGUCCUUCUGAUCUCCUGGAUCCUCUGAUUCUUCUGAAACCAUUAACCUGCUGGUUUUAGGAGAUGAAUCUUGAUUAAACUGAAGCAUUUAGUUCAAAAUGAUUAAAACAUUCCCAGGAUGCUUCAGUUCUCAGUUGGAACAGUUUUCACGUCUUUUAUGUCUGUUGCUGCUUUUAUUGUUUAAAUAAAUGGUUGUUGAACUGUCCAGUCAGUCUGUGAUCGUGUCGAUGUUGUUGAUCCAACAUACUGACUCCUGUUAGAUGACAUUAAUGUGAAAUCAUUUGAUCUAGAAGAUUGAUGUGAGAAGCUUUAUUUAUGACUUAAUAAAUUCUAACUUCUUCCCUUGAAA